AUGAGUGUGCUACCUGAUAAUAUGAUGGUGGAUUUUGAUCCGAGAAAUUUGCAAGAAGAAAGGUCCCAUGAUGAUAACGAUGAGAUGAUGUAUUUAAAAUUAGAAGAUCCCUCGAUGUUUGAUGAGCCGGUUCAACCACAUGACAAAGAAAUUUUUGAGGAUGCUACGUUAAGUCAUAUGUUAGAUGAACAUUUCGAUAAUAUUAGAGUAGAUACUUCGAUAGUUGAUGAUGUCAACUACCAAGAAAUUGUUGAUGAUAAGCUGUUGUUUGGUAGAAAUCUACCGAUUGAUCCAGAUUCAAAAUCUGAAAAUAAUAUUAUUGAUUUGACUACUUUAACUGAAUACGUUAACCUUAAUGAAAAUGAUUUACCUUAUAAGAUAACUGUGAAUAAUUUGCCUGAUGUAACAAGAGUAGAAAAUCAACUUAAAUUAAAUAUUAAGUUUAAUCAUCCAUUAAUUAAUAAACAUUAUAUUCAAUUACCAACAAAUACAAUAUCAAGGCAAAAAUUUUAUUUAAAGGAUUCUCUAACUACAAAAUCGGAACCAUCGAUUGAUAAAAUUUUACAAGUGAAAACUUUCCUGUUAGUUAAUGAUGAAUAUAUGAUGACAAGUCCCAAAAUUGUUGACGUUUGUAUGAAAUGUGUUCAAAGAGAACAACGUCGUGCCUCUCGUAGAAAAUCAGGACUGAGUGAUAAUUUACUUUGGUGUGAUAAUCCAAGAAGAAGUGCAAUUUUAUUUAAUAAUAAACAAAUUUUAGCUCUUAAAAAUGAUAUUGAAGUCUCUUUAACAACAAGAAUUGUUUGUUAUUGUAGACAUCAUAAAGCUAAUGAUGGUUUUAAAAUAUUAUUAAUAGUUUUAGAUUCCAACGAUACAGUUUUAGCUAAACAAAUUACAACACCAAUUAUAAUUACAGAUAGAAAACCUUCGUCGAUAAAUAAUUCUCAAUCUGCCAUAGAUUUAAUUGCAUCAAAUGAUUCCGUACCAACGUUAUCAAUGCAAGAUACUCGUACUUCAAGUAACCAAUCUUUGAAUACUAGUAAUACCGUAUCUCCAUCGAUACCUUUACAACAACCAAAACGAUUUAUUCCAUCACCAAAUUCUUUAAGUGAAGGCGGUUCAGAGUCUUUCAAUAGUGAAUACGUUAGCGCAAAUUAUCAAGAUUAUUCUUCAUCUGCAACAACAGCGGAUUUCUUACCAAGACAAAAUUCAAUGAAUUUUAAUAAUUUAGCUUUUACACCAACACAAAAUCCAAGGAAAAGAUCACAUUUAAAUAUUGCCUCUACAUCAAAUUCUACUUUUUUAACAGAUUUUACCAACGAUAUUAAUACUUUUAAUGAUCCAAAUCAACCAAUUUUACAACGUGUUAUCCCAGGUAAAGGUCCAACCACUGGUGGUAUUGAAGUCACUUUAUUAGGAUCAAAUUUUAAAGAUGGCUUAAAGAUUAGAUUUGGUAAUAAUUUAGCUCUUUCAACACAAUGUUGGAAUAGUUCAACUAUGGUAACUUAUUUACCUCCAACACAGACACCAGGUCAAGUUCUAGUGACUGUGACUGAUCCAGAUGAUCCAAUUAACAGCAAUGUUCAAUUAUUUUCAAACAGUUAUAAUAACAAUAUUCAAAGUUCAGUAUUUACUUAUACGGAUGAGACAGAUAGACAAUUAAUUGAAUUAGCUUUACAAAUUGUUGGUUUAAAGAUGAAUGGUAGAUUAGAUGAUGCAAGAAAUAUUGCUAAAAAAAUUGUGGGCAAUGGUGAUGAUUCUUCUAAUGCAACGGAAGGGCAAACAUCAACAAUGGAUGGAUCUCAGUAUAAUUAUAAUCUUGAUGUUACAGAUGAAAAAUUAAUCAUUCAAGUAAUAAAAUCAAUGAACAAGACAACAGCUCAUUUAUCAAUGUGUGAUCCUACCGGUAGAACAUUAUUACAUCUGGCUGCAUUGAGUGGAUAUUAUGAUUUAAGUUUAUUAUUAAUUAAGUCAGGUGUUAGAUUGGAUAUUGAGGAUUCAUUUGCUUUUACACCAUUACAUUUUGCAGCUAUUGGAGGUGAAUUAAAAGUAAUUAAUAUGUUAUUAAAUUGUAAUGCCAACAUGAAAGUUAAAAAUGAUAAUCACACUACUCCAAAACAAUUAUUUAUGGAUAAUUUUGAUGAAAAGACUCAUGAAUCAUUUAAAGAAAUUAUACAAUUGUUUGAUAAGCAUGAAAGUAAGAAUAAUAAUUUAGGUGAUUUGUCAAGAAUUUCAUCUCAUUCAAGUGUUGACUCAAGUAUAUUUAAUGAAGAUUUGAAUGAUAAUGCAAUGAAAAUUGAAUCAAAAGGUGUCUUUAAUAAUCUUUAUAAUGAUGAGUAUGAUGAGUAUGAUAGCAGUGAUAGUGAUGCUUCAGAUUGUGAUUUUGAAGAUAAUAUUUCAUAUUCCGAAGGUAGUGAUAAUGAUAAUAAUGAAAACGAUACUGACUUAACGGAAGAUAAAUAUAUUGAAGGCGUCAAGGACAAUACACAAUCUAUUGAAACUACGGCGCAAGUUAUUGAGAGAUCAAUCAAUGGAGAACAAACUGAUGAAACAGAAAAUAAUAACCCUAAAAGACAAUCGCUAUGGGAUAGAAUGUUGAAUCAUUUAAAUGAUGAUUUACCUAGCUACGAUGAUUUGUUCCCAAGACUCAAUGGUAAGUCGAAUGAGGAUAGUAAAGAGAUAGAGGUGAUAAGACAAGGUAUCGAGUCCUCGCAGGAUACACAUAACGCAUCAUCAACUUCGGAGGACGAAGAAGAUGACUUAUUACAGCGUAAAUUGAACAGAUUUUUUGUUAAUCAAAAGAAAACUUUCCAGAAUGAUAACAUGUUAUUGUUCUUCUGGAUUCCUUUGACACUGUUAUUAUUAACCUUUGUGAUAUUCAAUAGCAUAUACCAAGGCAAUGAAUCAAGUUUCAUCACGAAGUCUACAGAUUUGGUGAAGAGUUAUUUGAUUGUAGGUCUAGGUAAAAUUUGGUUAGGUAACCAAAGAAUGAAAAACUACGUUACUGAGAAUUUGAACAAUUUUCCAACAACGAAGAAACUCAAUGAUCUUAUUGUGGGCUGA